AUGCAAGUUUCUCAAUUCCCCUCUCCAUCAAAUCGUUUCGCCAAUUUUCCUUCCAUAGUUCAACUUCAUUCAGGCAUUUCUGUAAACACUUCCAUGCCGGAAAUGGGUUCCCGUUCCAACGCUCUAAUGUGGUUCAGGAAGGGUCUUCGGAUCCACGACAACCCGGCUCUCGAAUACGCUGCUAAAAAUUCCGAGCAUCUGUAUCCGGUUUUCGUGAUUGACCCGCACUACAUGGAGCCCGACCCAGCAGCAUUUAGUCCGGGUUCUUCCCGUGCUGGGUUGAACCGCAUACGGUUCCUUCUCGAGAGCCUUGUUGAUUUGGAUGCAAGUUUCAAGAAGCUUGGUUCCCGUUUAAUCGUGCUUAAGGGAGAACCCUUCCAAGUAUUGAUGCAUUACUUAAAGGAGUGGGACAUAAGCAAGCUGUGCUUUGAGUUUGACACUGAUCCAUAUUAUCUAGCUUUGGAUGAUAAAGUGAAGAGCUAUGCUUCUACAGCUGGAAUAGAGGUAUUUUCUCCAGUGAGUCAUACACUAUUUAAUCCUGCAGAGAUCAUCCAGAAGAAUGGAGGAAGACCACCUUUAACUUAUCAAUCAUUCAUUAAAGUUGCUGGUCAGCCAUCCUGGAGUUCGACUCCCCUUUCAAUUUCACUUUCUUGUCUUCCUCCUAUUGGCAAUCCUGGACAUGAUUUAGUCGCAGAGGUUGCAUCGGUUAAUGACCUUGGUUACGAGGAAACUGAAGAGGAUGAAAGGACCCCUUUCAAAGGUGGUGAAUCAGAGGCUUUAAGGCGGUUAAAAGAAUCCAUGGCUAACAAGGAAUGGGUGGCAAACUUUGAGAAACCCAAGGGUGAUCCAUCUGCAUUUCUGAAACCAGCUACAACUGUUUUGUCACCCUACUUGAAAGUAAUUCAACUGAAAUCACUUUUUUCAUUUAUUUCUUUCAUGAAGUAUUCUGAUGAUCUAAUCUCAUCACUGUUCUUGGAUUAUAUUGGAAGUUCGGUUGUCUUUCAUCCAGGUAUUUCUACCUGUGUAUUCAGGAAGUUCAAAGAAAUGUUAAAAAGCAUACAUCUCCACCAGUUUCCCUUCUUGGACAGGUCCAUGCGCCAAUUUCAUAUGCUAUUUCAAAUGACCUUGCUACUAUCGGAUACAGUACUUAAUUGGCUUGUCUUGAAACUAAUAUUGCAGUUGCUAUGGAGAGAAUUUUUUUACACAGUUGCUUUUGGAACUCCCAAUUUCGAUAGGAUGCAGGGCAAUCGAAUAUGCAAGCAGAUACCAUGGGAUAAUAAUAAUGACCUUAUAGCAUCUUGGAGAGAUAGCAAGACAGGUUUUCCUUGGAUUGAUGCCAACAUGGUUCAGCUUCGAAAAUGGGGUUGGAUGCACCAUCUCGCAAGGCACUGUGUUGCAUGCUUUCUUACUCGUGGAGACAUGUUUCAGCACUGGGAAAAAGGACGUGAUGUUUUUGAGAGACUUCUUAUAGACUCUGAUUGGGCGAUUAAUAAUGGGAACUGGUUAUGGCUAUCAUGCUCAUCAUUUUUCUACCAGUAUAACAGAAUCUACUCUCCAAUCUCAUUUGGCAAGAAAUAUGAUCCGAAUGGAAAUUACAUUAGGCAUUUUCUUCCAGUCCUGAAAGACAUGCCCAAGGAGUAUAUUUAUGAGCCUUGGACAGCUCCUCCAAGUAUUCAAAGGAAAGCCAAAUGCAUUAUUGGUGUAGAUUACCCUAAACCAGUGGUUUCCCAUGAAACCGCGAGUAAAGAGUGCCGAAGGAGGUUAGGUGAAGCUUACGAGCUAAAUAAGAAGCUGAAUGGUGCAGUGACUGAUGAGGAUCUGAAGAAGUUAAGAAGAAAACUAGACGAAGAAAAAGUCCAGGAUUCAAAAUCGAAACGGUUAAAACAAACAUUGCUUGGUUGA